UUACCAGUGUCAAAAUAUAACUUUUUACUUUUCAUUGUGUUAUUUAUUUGUAGUAAAGAAGUUAUUUAUGAUGUCUCUUACCUCAAGUUAUUAUGGAAAGCUACCCUCCCGAACAUGACAAGAACAGUUUAUUGUCAGAACCAUUUUGGAGGACUCCACAGCGAGCCUUGCCCGGAAGACCCCAUCAAAGUAUCCAACCAAACAAGGUUAUGUCAGGUUCGUCAUAUCAACAGUUUCAGGCAUCUGUGAACGAUGCCUGGGACUUGGGAGACGAUGAAAUAAUCUCUGGUAUAGCAGAUACCAAAAUAUCAAAGGCCAUAUCGCAUACGGUAGCUUUAAAUGUAAUAAAUUCUCAUCGCAAUAGCACUAGGAACGUAAACAAAGAUGACGUCAAGAAUGUCAGUAUCAAUGUCAAACCACAAGAAGAAGUGGAAGAAAAGAAAUUUGAAUUUAAGAAACCUGGAGGUUCCGGUUCUUUCCGGCACUACCCUGGACGACCUAGACCUGUGCGCCCUUCAACACUCAUACCAACACAAGAAAGUAGUGAGUCAAAAUUAGAAAGAUUCCAACAGUUACUGAACUAUCCUGUUCUAGAUUUGGAUGAGUUAAAGCAGCUGAGUUGGUCUGGUAUACCAAUCAAGGCGAGAGCAGUGGCAUGGCGAUUACUGGCAGGCUAUCUACCUGCAAACACAGAACGACGGACUGAAACAUUAGAACGAAAGAGGGCGGACUACAAGCAUCUAGUGAGACAGUACUAUGAUGCAGAGAGAGAGGAAGAUACAUACAGACAGAUUCAUAUUGAUAUACCGCGUAUGAGCCCUCUGGUAGCAUUGUUUCAACAAAUCACUGUCCAGGUGAUCUUCGAGAGAAUCCUAUAUAUUUGGGCUAUCCGGCAUCCAGCUUCAGGCUACGUCCAGGGGAUCAAUGACUUGGUCACUCCCUUCUUUAUGGUCUUCCUCCAGGAAGCUGCUCCGGACAAAGAGUUAGAUAACUUUCCUCUAGACUCUUUGACCGAGGACCAGAGAGAUAUUAUAGAGGCCGACUCUUUUUGGUGCCUGUCAAAGUUUUUGGACAGCAUACAGGAUAAUUAUAUAUUCGCUCAACUAGGGAUACAGUAUAAGGUAAAUCAACUGAAGGAGCUUAUAAGGCGCAUAGAUUUACCGCUCCAUGAGCACCUGCAGAGCCACGGGGUGGACUACCUCCAGUUCUCAUUCCGGUGGAUGAAUAACCUUCUAACGAGAGAAAUACCACUUCCGUGCACGAUACGUCUCUGGGACACAUACUUGGCCGAAUCUGACGGUUUUGCCAUUUUUCAACUUUACGUGUGCGCCGCAUUCUUACUACACUGGCGGAAAAGACUGAUGCAAGAGAGAGACUUCCAGGGGCUCAUGAUACUGUUACAGAACGUUCCCACUCAGAACUGGACUGAUUCAAACAUAAGCAUGCUCGUCGCAGAAGCGUAUAGGCUGAAAUUCGCGUUCGCGGACGCGCCAAAUCACUUGCACAACGCGGGAAAAUCUGACAGAUGACGCGGCAGUCUGUUGUCUUUGGUUCCGUGAAAAAUAAAAAUGCAGGCUAAUGCUCUCGUGAAUAAGAUCCAAAAUUAUUGCGGUUAUCUAUCCUAAUAUUCAUUGAUGUAUUAAUGUAUAAAUAAAUUGACGUAACAGUACAAUCUUAGAUUAAUGAUUGGUCUCCGCUGCGCUCCAACUAGAUAGUCGGACAGGCAUAGACAUUUUUUUAUGGCAAUUAGGGAUGAGACGAGCAGGACGUUCAGACGAUGGUAAUUGAUACGCCCUGCCCAGUGCCGCCCAGAAUUUUUGAAAAACCCAAAAACUGAACGCCAUUACAAGUGCGCUCGUCACCUUGAGACAUAAGAUGUUAAGUCUGAUUUGUCUAGUAAUUUCUCUAGCUACGGCGCCCUUCAGACCGAAACACAGUAAUUACACAUUACUGUGUUUACUACUAAGCUAGUGGUCCCGGGUUCGAAUCCUGGUAUGUGCAAGCAUUUAUAUGAUGAAUAUGGAUGUUUGUUUCCGAGUCAUGGAUGUUUAUAUGAAUUUAUUUAUGUUUAAAUAAGUAUAUUUUAUUAAAUAUAUCGUUGUCUUGUAACCCAUAACACAGGCUAUAUAUGCUUAACUUGGGGCAAGAGAAUUCGUGUAAAAAGUGUGUUAAUAUUAUAUUAUAUAUAUCAAUAUUAUAUAUUAUAUUAUUACUGCUUCACGGCAGAAAUAGGCGCCGUUAUGGUACCCAUAAUCCUAGCCGGUAUCAUCAUCAGCAAUUUCAUGUUCUAUCAAACUUUUAUUUAAUCUAUACUAAUAUUAUAAAGCUGCAGUGUUUGUUUGUUUGUUUGAACACGCUAAUCUCUUGUACUACUGGUCCGAUUUGAAUGAUUCUUUCAGUGUUGGGUAGUCCAUUUAUCGAGGAAGGCUAUAGGAUGUGUUUUUUUUUUCAAAAUUAGGGAUCCGUAAUAAAAUUGCUAUUUAACACAAGGUGUAAAAUCAAAAACCUAUUUUUGCGUGCGCUGCAAAAACUAUUGACAAUAGAACAAAAUGAUGUACAGGCUAUAAUAUAGGCAAUAUUUUAUUACUUAUAAAACUAUCGCGUGAAUUAUACUUUAUAUGGCAAUACAACGUUUGCCGGGUCAGCUAGUUUGAAUAUAAAAUAACAUGAACCGCAUGUUAAAAAAUUCGAAAGAUUCCACGCACACAAGCAUCUAAUAGUUGCCGUAAUAAAAAAAAGCUAUUGCUUUUAGGUAGUGCGGUAUCUAGUUGUAGCGCGGCGGAGACCAAUCCUUAACAUAAGAGUACAUUAAUUAAAUGAAAUACUAAUUUGACAGUUCACCGAGAUGUCAUCAAUAAUGGUACUCUUUCUAGACAAGAUCGACAGAAGAGAUACUAUGUAAUUCGUCACAUAAUCGUCACAAGUGUUUGCGAGACUGGGCUAUUUUCUACUGGGUUUUAGAACCACCAGGCACUUGUUUGUUGAAAUAUUAACUUAGUUGAUAUUCGAAGAUAAUCUCACAAAUUAACCGAGUAUUGGGUCCCAUGCACUGGCAUAUUAAAAACAUAUAAAAACGAUGGCAUGAUUACAACAGUAAGAAAAAAGGAGACAGGUAGUGUUGCCAGCUGCGCGUACUUACAUAGUAUUUCUCAAGUAAUUUUUUUUUUAUGAAAAUAAGGACAAUACAAGACGAGCAGGACGUUCAGCUGAUGGUAAUUGAUACGCCCUGCCCAUUACAAUGCAGUGCCUCUCAGCAUUUUGAAAAACCUCAAAAAUUCUGAACGGCACUACAACUGCGCUCGUCACCUUGAGACAUAAGAUGUUAAGUCUUAUUCGCCCAGUAAUUUCACUAGCUACGGCGCCCUUCAGACUGAAACACAGUAAGUACACAUUACUGCUUCACGGCAGAAAUAGGCGCCGUUGUGGUACCCAUAAUCUAGCCGGCAUCUUGUACAAAGGAGCCUCCCACUCAAGUAAAUUGAAAUAUAAUUUGUAAUUUUUAAAGUGACGAACCUCACUAUUAAUUACACAAGCUAAAUUAAUAAACAUUAUUUAUGAACGAUGCGGGACUUUUUAUCAACGAUAUGUCAAUCGAACGCUUGGCUCAGUGCAAGAGCACUUGCAUGGAACGCGAGAGGUCGCGGGUUCGAGUCGCGCAUCGUUCAUAAAUUUUGUUUUCAAAUUGAAUUUGUGAAAUUGAAAAAUAGUUUGAAAUAUUCUUAUUUGAUAAUAAACACUUGGGUGUAAGUGUAAACAUUACUGACUAUCAAAAUACACUCAAGUAUAUCGUUUUCGAGUGUCACAAUGCCCUGACAUCUUUGGUUGAUAUAUUAUUUCUAGAUAACAGUAUAUAAGGUAACGGGACUGACUGAAUUAGGCAAACAGCAGGGUAAAACUCUGAAAUAUUAAAAAAAAAACAUACAGGCCUAUUCCGAUAAAUCUUAUGUUAAACUAUAAUUUUCUUUAUUUAUAUGUUUUGUUAAAAAUAUUAGUUAGAUUUAAGUUGUGUUUACAAAUUAUCGUUUUAUCUAAGCCUUUAAUAAAUAUAUGGGAUAUUU